CCUUCUUUCCUCUACGAAAAAACCAUUUUUUCAGUAUAAAAUUUCGUUUUUCUCCUCUCAGUCUCCGACGCCGCCGCACUCAUCCCCCCAGACGACCACCCUCCUCCUCCUCCCCCACCCACCUCGCCGGAACCCUAGCGCCGACCGCCUGCCGUGCCCAUCGACGGCGAUCGCAUUGCUGCGCCCCGAUGGCGACCCGCGCCUCCAAGAAUUGCCUCUGCGCGGGCAGCUCUUCGUUCGAUGACCCCGACGUGGUCGAGGUGUCUCCGGCAACCGCCGCGGCUGCAGGGUGGGCCUCCGGCCACCACAAGAGGAAGCGGAGCCAGGUUGUACCGCAAGAAGUGAUUGAAAUCGAUGAUGAUGAUCCUGAUGGAGUCAUACUUAUUGGUGAUAAAGCACAGGUGGAAAAGAAUAAGCAAACUGCUGUAUGUCCCAUGGAUUGCUCAAAGCAUGCCAAGAGUGGUUGGGUUCAGGACAUCCCUGGUCCAAGCACAUAUGCUUCAAAAUAUACCAGUUCCUGGGUUGACCUGAAAGUGUUUCAAGACGAGGCAGUUUACAACUAUUCUGAUGGCUACCCCUUUGAUGGAUUUGAAGAAGACUAUGCUUAUGAUGAAGAUGAGUUUGAGGAUGAUGGUUAUGACACUCCACUCAUUGAAAGUGAGUUUCAAUUUAGUUUGUCUGCCAAGUUUGAUAACUUCAAUGUUCUACAUGGUCUGGAGGCUUCUUUACCGUGGAAGCAUAAGACUGCUAUUGAGAUUGCAAAUAAGACCAAACCUAGUAAGGCUGUAGAUGAUAAAAUCGAAGAAAAAUACAAGGCCUUCAAACGAUUUGAUACUGUUGAUGAUCAUAGUGAUCAUUAUUAUUCAAAGCCAGAAUCAAGAAAGGUUCAGGCGGUAAAAAAGCCAUCAAAAGACUGGGUCAAACGUAUUCAGCAUGAGUGGAAAGUCUUAGAGAAAGAUUUGCCAGAAACUAUAUUUGUGAGGGCAUAUGAGGAUAGAAUGGACCUGCUUAGAGCUGUCAUUAUGGGACCAGCUGGUACUCCUUACCAUGACGGGCUCUUCUUCUUUGACAUUUACUUCCCUCCUCAGUAUCCAAAUAUACCACCGAUGGUGAAUUACCGUGCUGGUGGUUUGCGGCUUAAUCCAAACUUGUAUGCUUGCGGGAAGGUGUGCCUUAGCCUCCUAAACACGUGGACUGGCAGUGGAUGUGAGAAGUGGAACCCGGCCAAUUCAACUAUGCUGCAGGUCCUGGUCUCUAUUCAAGCUUUGGUUUUGAAUGCAAAGCCUUAUUUCAAUGAGCCUGGCUACGCUAUGCAUGCUAACACAGCCCACGGGGAGAAGAAAUCCCUGACAUAUAAUGAAGACACGUUCCUGCACUCCUGCAGGACGAUGCUGUAUUCUCUUCGAAAUCCACCAAAGAAUUUCGAGGAUUUUGUUGCUGGCCAUUUCCGCAAGUAUGGGCGCAACAUCCUCGUGGCUUGCAGAGCCUACCUGGAGGGUGCCCAGGUUGGAUGCCUUUCUGGUGACGGAGUGCAAGACGUCGACGAAGGCGACAAGAGCUGCUCGGUGAGGUUCAAGCAGUCACUGAAGAGGCUUCACGAGGAACUUCUGGCGGAGUUCACCGCGAAGGGCGCGGACUGUGGCAAGUUCCUCAGCGAGAAGGCAAGGUCCGGAGCUUCCACAUCGGCAGCGGACACCACGUUGAGGCUGUAAGGCGGAGUCGGGCUUGCUGUUGGAAAUAAACCUGCCAUUCAAGCUAUCCUCGGUCGAUGGGGAGUUGGGCCACACCGAUGCAACACAACACAGCAAGUUUGAUGCCUGAGCUGCCGAUCGUCUAACUGCUUUCUGUAGGUAGUCUAUGUAUAUAUCCCUGUCUAGAUCUUCUGGUAAAGACAUAAGCGAGACAUAUUGGGCGUUUAGGGACACCAUUAUACCGUAGGUAUUUACGUGUUUAUAACUGCUGGCCGCAGCCCCGGCAGCUGUGUCGGGCUGUGACCUCGUCCUCAGCUUCAGCUUGUGCUGAUAUGAUUGGGACCACCCACCAUUUGGAUAU